UUGAUAAGCCAACAAUCUCCUCUCUCUCUCUCUCUCUCUCUCUCUCUCUCUCUCAAGUAUCAAGCCGCCAAACAGUGUUCUUCCAAGUUCCACAAUCUUAAUUAGAAGUUACACACAUUAUUCGCUAAGCAUGCCAAUGCCUCCUCAACAUCUCCCACCAAUGAAUGAAACCAACAAAGAAAAUGAAGAAAACCCUUUGGUGUUUGAUGCUUCAGUUGCUCAGUACCAAUCCAGCAUACCCUCCAAGUUCAUAUGGCCCGACCACGAGAAGCCCUGCUCCGAGUCGCCAGAGCUUCCAGCUCCUCUCGUUGACCUGAAAGGCUUUCUCUCAGGGGAUACGUGGGAGGUCUUAAAUGCAACUCGUUUGGUCGAUGAGGCAUGCAAGAAGCAUGGUUUUUUUCUCAUUGUUAACCAUGGAGUUGAUUUGCAACUCGUAGGAAAAGCUCAUGAGUACAUGGACUCCUUCUUUGGUAUGCAACUCUCGCAGAAGCAAAGGGCUCAGAGAAAGGCUGGUGAGCACUGUGGAUAUGCCAGUAGCUUCGUUGGCAGGUUCUCCUCCAAACUUCCAUGGAAAGAAACACUUUCUUUCAGAUAUAGUGCCGAUAACCAGUCCUCGGUCAAUGACUAUUUUGUGAACGUGAUGGGUGAAGAUUUCAGAGAUUUCGGGAAGGUUUACCAAGAAUAUUGUGAUGCCAUGAACAACCUCUCCAGUGCGAUAAUGGAGCUACUCGGAAUGAGCCUAGGCGUUGGACGAAACUAUUUCAAAGAGUUCUUCGAAGGAAAUGAUUCGAUCAUGAGGUUGAACUACUACCCAAUGUGCCAAAAACCAGACUUAACACUAGGAACCGGGCCUCACUGUGAUCCCACAUCCUUAACAAUCCUUCAUCAGGAUCAAGUCGGCGGACUUCAAGUGUUCGUAGAUGAUAAAUGGCACUCCGUUACUCCUAAGCUUGACGCUUUCGUCGUCAACAUUGGCGAUACGUUUAUGGCUCUAUCAAAUGGGAUUUACAGGAGCUGCUUGCACAGAGCAGUGGUAAACAACAAAACUGUGAGGAAAUCUCUCACCUUCUUCCUCUGUCCCAAAAAGGACAGAGUGGUGACCCCACCGAGAGGCUUGGUCGAUUCCAAUAGCCCCAGGAAGUACCCUGACUUCACCUGGCCUACUUUCCUAGAAUUUACGCAGAAACACUACCGCGCCGAUAUGAGGACCCUGGACGCCUUCUCCGACUGGAUUAGAACUACACCAAACUAACCCGGGAAGAACCGCCAAGAACACUUGCAGUGUUAAUAGUGUACAAGGAAAAAGAUGACAGAUACACCAAGACCGGCGGAGAAAGAAACUUGGGCUGUUUACUAGUGUGUCGUCGUUGAAGGGAAUCAUGUAAAUGAGAAAACAGAAGCAAUUUGGACGAGUAAAUAAGUUAAGGGGCUCCUUGUCUUCUCCUUAAUCUAGUUUUCUGUCAAUUAAAAAAAUGAAUCAUUGUACUUAGUACUUCCAUAAAGUAAUCAAAGUUAAUUUUUGUA